UUGUGACCUUUACUCAUUGUGUCUUUUUCAAAGUUUAUUGCUCUUCAUCUGAGUUCAGUUUGGAUGGAGAUUACUUAUUGGGUGGCCUUUUUCCAGUGCAUGAAAUUCAACACGCAACACCCCUGCUCUCCCCGGAGGCCAAUGAAUGCUUUAGGUAAGCAAGGAUUUUUCUUGUUUUGUCAUAUGAAUGCUUAUGACACAUGUAUUAUUAAUGUUGUUUAUUGUUUAUUAUUUUUGUAAAUUAAAGCAACAUUUCCCCAGGAUUGCAUUUAUGGUAAACUAAUACAGAAGGUAAAUUAAGUGCCAUUAAUUUCUUCACUGAUGUUUUGUAGGCACACUCUAUCAAAAUCUGGUUAUCUGAUGUUUCAAGUAAUGAGGUUUGCUGUUGAGGAGAUUAAUAACUCCACCACUCUGCUGCCUAAUGUUUCUCUGGGCUAUGACAUUUUUGACUAUUGUUCUGACACUAAGAAUUUCCAAUCAGUCUUCAGUUUCAUUUCACAGAAUGGAUCGAUAAAACCUCAGGAAAAACUCAACAGCCAUCAGCCUAAAGUAAUUGCUUUAACAGGACCAUAUGGAAGCACGAGAACUAUUACUAUUGCACCACUGGUCACAAUGGACCUUAUACCACUGGUUAAUUAUGGAGCUACCAGCUAUACGUUAAGUGAUAAACUUCGCUAUCCAUCAUUUAUUAGAACAAUCCCUAGCAAUAAAGACUUGAUACAGAUGAUUAUUCGCAUCAUACAGUGGUUUGGAUGGAACUGGGUUGCUUUUCUUCGAGACCCAGACAUUUACAGUGAAGAUGGCCUACAGCUGUUUAACAGUUAUAUCAAAAAUACUGGCAUUUGUUUGGCCUUUCAUGAGGUUCUGAGUCAAAGUUCAAACUACAGUCUAACUUUUCAAAAGAUUAAUAGGCUCAACAUCAAUGUCAUUGUGGUUUUCACUGGGUCACAAUAUGCAAAGAACAUAAUCAAAGAAGCGAUAGCAAACAAUAUCCGAAACAAAGUCUGGAUUGCAAGUGAAACAUGGUCUAUGAAUCAACAGCUUCCAAAAGAGCCGGGACUUGAGAAAAUUGGAACAAUAGUUGGCAUUACAGAGAGAAUUUUGUCAUUGCCUGGAUUUCAUGAAUUCAUCUAUAAAGCCAAAGGAACAACUGAGAUUUAUACUAAUGAUAACGCUGAGAGUGAAAUCCAGAUGAAGACAUGUAAUCAAUAUUGUGACAACUGCUCAAUGUUGACCGCAUAAGAUAUUAUAAAUGAAGAUCCCACAUUCUCCUUUGCUAUCUACUCUGCCAUAUAUACCAUAGCUCAUGCAUUACAUAAAGUUCUUCGGUGUGACAUCAA